AUGGACUUCGACAUGGUAAUGGAGGACGUGGCGGAGAGCCCGACGCGAACUGAAGCUGCGACUGAUGAUCAGAUGAUCGCGCCAGCGUGGGAUACCGCGCACGAUGAGCCCUUUGCCGACAGCGAAAGCACAGCUAUUGUGCCCAACAAGGUUUACAUCCGAGGACUUGACACGUUGUCGACCGAAGAUGUCAAAACUUUUGUCGAAGACCACUUUGGACGGGUAAAUAAGAUUGAAUGGAUCAAUGACGAGUCAGCCAACUUGGUGUUCCAGUCCGAGGAUGCUGCCCGAGAUGCGUUGCGGGCUCUGAGCGCGCAACCAGAAGCAGCUGCCCAAACCUCUGCUGGGGAGACUGUCCCAGCGAAGGACAUACCUUCCAAACCCGAAGUCAACUUGCAGAUCCGAAUUGCACUGCAAAGUGAUAAGAAGGCGCCUGGGGCAGCUACUCGGAGUCGUUACUACUUAUUCCACCCUGAUCAGGACCCCGAGGAACGGAGACGACGCGAAGGCAGACGGCGAUAUCGUGAGCGCGAAAAUAAUGGCUACCGUGGCCGUGACAGUUACGCUCGGGAUCGUAGAGGUAGCGAUGAGAUUGAGGUAUUCGACGCGAGCCUCUACGACGAUGACGAAGCAACCUUGGCGAGUCGCGCCGCCAAAUCACGCACUCAGCAACGGAGGUCCCGCUCGCGAGGCUCAGCAUCAGGGCUGGGUGGCUCAAGACGGACCAAUGCCGAAAAGGAGCUCUUCCCUAACAGGUCAUCUUUGGGCAAUAAGGGAUCAACGCGGAAUCGGUCAGCUUCUCCCUUACGCGAUCUACUUGACAGUCGCCCCGUGGUAUUACAGGAUGUCGAUUCAGACUGGUUCCGACCCCGGCAACCAUCCAGCGCUCAUGAGCCAAGUCUGAACAAUACUUACACGACCGACAACAGCAACUUAAAGGAAGGACAAGCUUCGUACAAGGGGCAUCUUCCGCCAGCCCCUGCGGCUCUCGAAGAAAUCGUCGACGACAGGGCACACGCCUGGCAUCACCCAACCCUUGAUCAGACUGUUGACAUUCUAUACACCCUUAUGAUGACGAAAUCGGUCUCAACACCACUCCCAGUAGAGUUCGACCCACAUAUUCGACAUCUACUCGAAGGGUUUUCGGGAUUGCAAACCUCCCUACACGAGACACAGCAAUUGCUUGCUGAGGAGACUGAAACAAAACGAAGAAGCCUGGACGAGUUCACGACGAUGUCAAUAGAUUGGGGGAAGAAGGAGAGCGAUUACAAGGCUGAAAUCCGCCGGCUUGAGUUGCUCUUGGCCCGAGCUGCCCCCGAAGGUGUUGCGGCUGUUGUGCUUGCGAGAUCCGGGAGCGUUGUGGAUCGCAGCCUGGCCGAGUCAAGGCGGUUCAAGGCACGCAUUCGUGACUUGACGGACGGCGCAGGGGUUGAUCCUAUACUCUCUCAGCAUGCUCAAGCAGGUGCUGAUGUCGAACUUGGCGAUGUCUGUUGCCCAACUGAAACAAGAUUUAGAAAGCCACAGCGAUUCGCAUCGCAUCGCUCACUUUUGACUAUGCGGCAAGACUUGGCCCCGGACGCCGAUGUCAUCAGCAGUGAGCGGCUUCGCCGCCACAGCCUGCGCCGGAGACCUGGUCAGAGACGACGUGCCGCGACGUCUGUCGUCAACGCAGGCAGUAGUUCACAAGAGCCUGGAGUGCAUCAGGGCUGCCGGCCUGCAAACCUUGAACACCCAAAACCUGGGCUAUAUCUGGGCCCGGGCACCGGGAGGCUCGACAACUUCUUACGUUCUCGCCUCACUGAUCACCUCACGGCCGGUUCGGGAGCACCUAACUCAUCUUCGACGGAUCAAUUUGAUGAUUUGGACCGCAGCGAAGACGAGGGCGUCACGGAGACACACCAUCGCCGCAUUUUCUCAUUCCAAGCGGGCGAUGACAGGCUCCCGAUGGUCAGCCACCACUGUACAUCUCCAAGCAAGCAAUGCUGCGAAAAUUCCGUCAUCGAUAGGCACAAGGCAAGCACGACCUCCCUUACAAUGAGCCCAGCGAAACGCUCACAGGGCGAAGAAGUUGGGGAAGCGGCUGAGUCGACUGGAUACUCGUCAAAUGAAAUGGUCUCCGAAGAGAAUGCAGUCAGCAGCUCUUACAAAAGAACACUGACCUCUGGCGGGAAUGACGUUCACGAGGUAACCCCAACUGAGAAAGUUUCCUGCCAGGGCCUUGUCAUGGCUCCCUACGAGGACUUCAGGUCUCCACAAUGCCGCAAUAGAUCUGCCAGCUUGCCCGAAGACAGAUGUGAGACUACCGAAAGCGGCUCUCGGAGCGGUCGAAAGAUCACGACACGUACGAUCUCUGACGCAUGUCAGAGAUUGACUCUGGUGGACUUCGGCAGACAGCCCGGGGAACGGCCGAGUAUGAGCCGUAGCAGUGCAUCCUACACGUAG